UGCGAUGAGGCUACUACACGGUGUAUAUUUUACCAUAUUUGCCGUCGUUUCCGUGUGUGGUGGCAAUCCAGAUGCCAAGCGACUGUAUGAUGAUCUGCUCAGCAACUAUAACAAGCUUGUCCGGCCGGUAGUAAAUGUGACCGAUGCGCUCACGGUCAAGAUUAAACUCAAGCUGUCACAGCUGAUCGAUGUGAACUUGAAGAACCAAAUCAUGACGACGAACCUGUGGGUAGAGCAGACCUGGUACGACUACAAGCUGAAGUGGGAACCGAAAGAGUAUGGUGGCGUCGAGAUGCUGCACGUACCCUCCGAUCACAUCUGGCGCCCGGACAUUGUGCUGUACAACAAUGCGGACGGCAACUUUGAGGUGACGCUCGCUACGAAAGCUACGCUUAAUUACACCGGCCGGGUCGAAUGGCGCCCGCCGGCCAUCUACAAAAGCUCGUGCGAAAUCGACGUCGAGUACUUCCCGUUCGAUGAGCAGACGUGCGUUAUGAAGUUUGGCAGCUGGACGUACGAUGGUUUCCAGGUGGAUCUGCGUCACAUCGACGAGAUGAACGAAACGAACGUCGUCGAGGUCGGUGUCGAUUUGUCCGAGUUCUACACAUCCGUAGAGUGGGAUAUAUUGGAGGUACCUGCCGUAAGGAAUGAGAAGUUCUACACGUGCUGCGAUGAACCAUACCUGGACAUUACGUUCAAUAUUACGAUGCGCCGUAAGACGCUGUUCUACACCGUCAACCUAAUCAUUCCCUGCAUGGGCAUUAGCUUCCUUACCAUAUUGGUGUUCUACCUACCAUCGGACAGUGGUGAAAAGGUAUCGUUAAGCAUAUCCAUUCUGCUAUCGUUGACUGUGUUUUUCCUGCUGCUGGCGGAAAUUAUUCCGCCCACAUCGUUGGUGGUCCCGCUGCUAGGCAAAUUCGUCCUGUUCACGAUGAUACUGGACACGUUCAGUAUAUGUGUAACUGUGAUCGUGCUCAACAUUCAUUUCCGGUCGCCCCAAACGCACACGAUGGCACCGUGGGUAAGAACCAUCUUCAUCAACCAUCUACCCAAGUUGCUUGUGAUGCGUCGCCCGAUCUACCAACCGUUACAUCACUUCAGUGCCGCCUCCCAGCGGUUCAUGCUACGCUCGUGCAACAGCCUCGGUGAUCAUAUUCCACCACUUCCGCCCACGAUCGCGUUUGAUCCGUCGGUACUGCUCGAUCACCAUUUGCUCGAUUCCAGCGAAAGCCUCAAUACCUGUCGACUGCACGGUAGCCCGACGCACCUUCACAAUCAUCGGUCGGGCGGUGGUCGACACCAUCACCAUCAUCACCACAACGCGCUGGUACGUGGGAUGGACCUGAUGGACGAUAUGCCACUGCCAUAUCACGACCAUAACCAUCACAACUCGCCCAUGUCCCCGAUAAACUUCAAUCUGCUGAGUGCGGCUAGUACAGCGGUACCGAACCCGCAAAGCACUACAGGUGCGACCAACAUCACCACCGGUACCGGUGGGUUGCUUGACCCGAACAGCACCUUCCACAAGAGUCUGGCGGCGGCCAACACGAACGACAGCAAAGCAACUGCCAACCUGAUGCUGAAGGGUACGGCCGCAGCUGGCCAUCUGAGCUGUUGUAACAGCUUGUUCCUGAACGAUCUGCAGCAGGCAGCGACGGCAGCAGCCGUCACUACCGGUGCCACCACAGCUGAUCUACUGCUCGGCGAUAAUGGCGUCGCUGUACCGCUCAACAAUAAUCUGCCCACGAACGUGCUGCCAAGCGGGAUGAUUAUCAACACGACGGAUACGGGCACAACGGUUCCGGCGGGGGUGGGCACAGGUGGUAAGGGUGACAAGACUUCCCAGAACCGUAACCGGUGGCUGGAAUGUCCCGAGCUGACCAAGGCAAUGGAUGGCGUGACGUACAUUGCUGACCAUACCAGGAAAGAGGAGGAAAGCUCAAGGGUAAAGGAGGACUGGAAGUACGUAGCGAUGGUGCUGGACCGAUUGUUUCUGUGGAUCUUCACGAUAGCGGUCGUGUUUGGUACGGCCGGCAUCAUUUUACAGGCACCAACGCUGUACGAUACGCGCGUACCGAUCGACAUUAAGAUGUCGGAAAUAGCCACUACGACAGCGAAACCUUACAUCGCCAAACCCAUACUAUAA